AUGGCGAAUGGUGAUGUUGAAGAACCUCUACUACGAGGCAAUGCAAAUUCAUCGAUUCGAUUUAGUGAUGUAAACUCAUUCAAGCGAAGGCGGUCUCAAUCUAGCAGCACUUGUUGUACUAUUAGUCAUAUACAGAGAAAUAAUGAGGAAUCCCUUCAUUACCCUGAGUUCAUUUCAACAAAGAGUUUUAGACUCAGAGAUGUACUAUUGUUUUUGGCUGUCUAUAUAGGAGUCGGAGCGAUUUGCUUCUUCAUCAUAAGCGAUCAAAUCGAGGGAAAAAAGACUAAUGGGAUUCUUGAUGCAAUAUACUUGUGUAUUGUUACAAUGACUACUGUUGGAUAUGGUGAUCUUGUUCCUAAAAGCAUCUUAGCUAAGUUUCUCGCGUGUGUUUUUGUGUUCACCGGUAUGGCUCUUGUUGGAUUUGUUCUGAGUAAAGCAGCAGAUAGUUUUCUUGAGAGGCAACAAAUCAUGUUCCUCAAAGCCAUAAAGAUGAGGAAAGAUAGUACUAGUUCAACAGAGGUUUUGAAAGAGGUAGAAACGAACAUCGAAAAGUACAAAUUGUUAAGUACUGUGGCACUUCUUGUUGUACUUACUAUGCUUGGAACAAUUUUUCUAUGCCAAGUUGAGGAUUUGAGUUUGUGUGAUGCUUUUUAUUGUGUUUGUGCUACUAUUACUACUCUGGGGUAUGGAGACAAGAGUUUCUCGACGAAAUGGGGACGUUUAUUUGCUUCUUUUUGGAUAUUGAUGAGCACAAUUUGUUUGGGACAGUUAUUUUACUCCCUUGCUGAGUUAUAUACAGAACAAAGGCGAAAAUCUAUGUUCAAAUGGGCUCUAACUCGCGAGUUGACAAAUUCAGACCUUCAGGCUGCAGAUCUUGAUCAUGACAGUGAAGUGAGCGCUGCAGAAUUCAUCGUCUAUAAACUUAAAGAGUUGGGGAAGAUAACUGAGGAAGACAUCUCUAUAGUCAUGGAGAGUUUCAAAUUGUUUGAUGUUGAUCAUUCAGGCACAUUGACUGAAAAUGAUAUUGCACUUUUGCAGUCGUCGUCUCGAUCCAAGAGCUGAUAAUACCCCUCUAAACAUCUUAUGUUUUAUUCAUAGAUGAUAGAACUAUGGAAAUUGCACAGAAAAUUUUGCAAACUUUCAAUCCUAUGCACUUGAUGUUUGGAAAAAGGGAUCAUAGAUACAUUCAAGAUUCAAGAACUUGUCACAAUUUUGAACCAUUGGGAGAAUGUAAGUUAAGCCAUGAUUUAAACAGAUUGAAACAUGGUUAGUGAGGAUUCAUAUAGUCAACACAAACUUGUUUAAAAUUGAGGCAUAGUUAUCGUCGUUGUUAUUUCACGUCGUCUAUAAACUAAUUUUCUUCAAGACUUUUGAGAAAAAUGUAAGUUUAAGGCAUGUAAAAUUUGUACAAAUUGAGACAUGUUACAUUACUAAUAUCAUCUUAGUAGUUCUUUAAACAUGAACAAGAAUGUACAUUUAUCAAUCAUUUACCAUUAACUUUCCACCAAAAGCAGAGGCAGAUCCAGAAUUUUAAGAAACACCGCUUCCAAGGUCCUGGAUAAACUAUUUACACAUUUUAAGUAGUUUUAUUAACAUAAAUACAGAGUUUUGGCCCAAGCUACUAAAUUCUGCCGAACCCUUAAAAGGCCUGAGGAUCGUUGCAGGCGACCGAGUAUUAGAACUCUUCAAGUUGCUCCUGGUGUUGGUGCCCUGCAAGAAAAUCAAGUAAUGAUCCUUCACUUUCUUUUACAUUGGAGAAUUCAACAGCUAACGGUGGUACAUUGUUGAAGGCAAGAAUUGUGACCAAAAGUAGAGUUGUGGAUAGCAAAAGAGGCCAGAAAUAAGUAAGAAUAUUAGGUGCCAACAUUAAAAAAAAAGUUAUGAAAAUUGAUAAGGAAAUCAAUGUGACAAUGUGAUUUUUGAAGUGCAAAAUCUUGGCAAAGAUAUCCAUAUUGGGAUUCAUAUUUAGAGAUUAAUUAAUCAAUCAAACACAAU